AUGUCGCAGCCAACCCAGAUCAUGGCUCCUCAGCAGCUGCCGCCUCCUCAUGUCUCGCCCAAGAAGACAUGGGGCACCAAGCUUGGCUUCCGGAUAGCUUCAUUCAUCUUCUGCAUCAUCAUCAUUGGCCUCUCUGCCUACCAGGCUACUUCCCGUUUCUCUGGGGUUUAUGCGCUUGUGUUCAUGUUGCCUCCGGCCGCGUUCUCAGCAAUCUGGAACGUUGCGGAGGGCAUCUGUAUUCUGGUCCGUCGAGGACGUCGAGGCAUGCACCCUGCAGCCAUCGUCAGCAUCGAUCUUCUGGUGUGGCUCGCCUACGUUGCCCUCACCGUUACGUACGCCCUGUUCGGGUGGUACGAUGACUAUUACUACUCCUACUACUACGACUCGUACAAUUCACGAUACAACAGUGGCUCGCCCGCCAUCAUCCAAGCCCUAGUGGCGUUCGGAGCUCUUGAAGUUAUCUGCCACUUCAGCCUGUUCGUCAUCGGCUGCGUCGAGACCAACAUCCGCAACAACUCCCCUCCCCAGAUCGUCUACUACGCCGCUCCCCCCGGCAUGCAGGUCGUUCCCUUCCCGCCCAACGGCGCCUUCCCCGCCCCUGGCCAGGCCGUUGAGAUCCCCCAGAACGCCUACUUCCAGCCUCCCGUGAACGGCUCCUAUCCCCAGCAGCCGCACUACUCUUGGGCUCCGGCCCCAGCGCCCGCCGGCGUGUCUCCCCAGUCGAACCCUGCCGUGCCACACAAGGAGGGACCUUGA